AUGCUGCCGUUGCUUCAGCAGCUGGAUGUGCAGCAGUGACAUGUGUGUGUGUGUGUGUGUGUGUGUGUGUGUGUGUGUGUGUGUGUGUGUGUGUGUGUGUGUGUGUGUGUGUGUGUGUGUGUGUGUGUGUGUGUGUGUGUGUGUGUGUGUGUGUGUGUGUGUGUGUGUGUGCAUGCUGACGUUUUACACACUGGAUCGUAUUAGAGCAUGUUUUGCGGCUGGGAUGUGUGUGUCGCUGUCAACGGGACUGAAUCUGUAAAGGUAAUUUGACUACAGGGAUUCAGAGAGGCGCGGUUGACUUUCAGUCAGAGUGUGUGUGUGUGUGGGUGUGUGGGUGUGUGUGUUCAUCCUACAGCGUGAAGGAUUGUAGGAAGAUGUUAUAAGAAGGAAAAGGCUUUCGGAUGUUGCGUUGCAGGACUAUGGGAUGGUAAACCCCCUCCUGGGGCUUCAGGAUUAUCCAUAAUGGGGAACAACAUCCACAAGAAGAAGGCCCAAAUAGAGAAGAACUUCUCCUCACUGCCAUCAGUGAGUCCAAAACCAAAAGCCUUCUGGCUGUUUGGACAAUCAAAUAAGGUGAAAACAGUUGGUCCCAAGGGUGACGAAGACCAGAAGAAGCUGUCGGUCCACUUCACAACCGUGCAGCACUACCAGGAGAACGUCUUCAUUGAGGGCAACAGGCCACAGUACCUGGAGGAUCUGCACACUGAGGCUCAGGAAGGACUGAAGAUACAGCAACGGGAAGAACACAAGAACGGAGUGAACGCUCCAGAUGAUGGAAAUAUUGCUUCCACAGAUACGGUGCGUCCGGAGCAGGAUGUUGGUUCGAGGGAUGGAGGUGACGCUCCAGGAUUGAAAUCCACUGGUGGAAAUGCUGAUGCCACGAUAACCUGUGCCGUUUCCACUCGGCCUGCGCUCUCCCACCAAAGUUCGACAUUCAAGCCCCUGAAUCCUGUGAAAAGCUUCGAUAAGGGCAGGAAGAGAUGCAGGAGGACUACCAUCAUGGGUAUCCCCAACCAGGUGCAGAAGGAGCUCGCACUGCACAAAAGCUCCACCUUCCAGCAGACUGUGUCAUCCCAGGUCCGUAACCAUGACGACCAGGUCAAUGACAGGCAGUCAGGUUCUGCUAUCAUUCCUACGCUCGAUGGAGGAAGUCCUGAAGCGAAUAAGGAGGGGAUGAGGGUGCACCUGUCAGAGCUGGAGGCAUCCAGAGAUGUUCAGACAGCACACCAGGAGAAACACUUCAACCAUCAGCGCUCUGGAAACCUUUGCCCUACCUUUGUCCUCAGACCAAAGUCUGUUGCUGUACCUGGCGCCGACACUGUGCCCUCUUCUGCACCUUCAGCAAUGUUAAGUUUCCUCCAGGAGCUCCAGGGCCCAGUGAUGUCCAUCUCUCCUCAGGCCACCUACUUGUCUACAAUAAUCCCAAAUGCUGUCUUGCCAGCCUCUAUUGAUGUCAUUGAGAUCGACCGCAGCAUUAGUCGACCGUGUGGCAGCAAUACUAACCAAGCCGGGAGUGUUCGGACUGUCAGCAAAAGCAGCCUGGGAUCCGGAGACUCGGGUAGUCCUGUGUUGUCAAGAAGAGCAGAUGGAGAUGGUUUCCACAUUGACAAUUCCUUUAAAUCUACAACCAUCCCUGCAUCAGAUUCCAGAUUAGACUGGAACCAGUUACAGCCUUCAAGGGACAGUACUCAACACUCCUCACCCAUCUUGUCGAAGGAGACCAGAGCCAGUGAUAACACUCAGAGCACGACUCUCAGCAGGCAAGAAAGUCAGCAGGAACAGCCUAGUUUAAACCAAAAUCUUCUCAGUGUCCAUGACUCAGUUACCAUGAUUAGUAACUCCAGCUGUAAAAGUGAAAAUCUUGUUACAUACUCCAACUCUGACUCUGCUGUGUCCGGGCCAGCGGCUGCAGGGGAGGAAAAACAGAACAAACAGACCUGCAGUCGUAGUCUGUCUGUUGUCAAGCCAAAGCUACCCCCACCACCUCCACAAAGAACCAACUCUCUGCAUAGUAAUAAGACCAGGAGCAAUAUCAGAGUUCUGGUGGACAGCAAAGAUCCCAAACUCUCUGCGUAUGGUUAUGUGGAAGCUGCAACAGAAAGUAUUUUAUCAAGUGAUGAGAUUACCUCAGUCACCUCAGGUACUGGUAAGAUCCACACUAAUGCAACUAGGUGUGCAGCGUCCAGCUCUUCAGAUGAUUCCAGAUCUUCAGCCUCAAGCACAUUUAUUCCCAUAAAGUACUCCUCUGGUGAAGCUGGAGGAUCAGCAGAGCCACAAACAGAAUCCAGUAGCUCUUCCGCACAGAAAACACUUUUGGAAGGGGCUAAAUUUGAAAGAACCAUGUCUCCAUCCAGUGGCUACUCGAGUCAAAGUGGUACUCCAACACUUUCCCCAAAAGGGAUCUCACCGACUUCCCCAGACAAACAAAAGAGGAAGCCUGUUAAACCGGAGAGGUCUGUCUCACGAGCCUCUUCAGCAGCUUCUCCUUCAAGUUCUCUUACCUCUCUAUCAUGUAGUACAUCAGAACCAGUCAGUCAAGAUGUUUCAACGUCUAGCCCAAAAGAAUCUCCGCCUGAUGUUGCUGUGAAAACAUUGAUCACAAAUCACAAUUCUUCAAAUAUGCCACUAGAAAUGAGAGAACUCUUGAAGAUUCCACCCCCUCCGAAAGUCAGAGCGCCAUGUGCUCCUCCUCCAGAGACAUGGAUCCACAACAAACACACCUUUGACCUGCUGUGUGGGUCUUACCCUAAUCUGAGUACACCAAGCCACAAACCAGGACAGACAGAAGACAAUACAGUUAAACAGGCAGAAACCCAGACUGAAACCGGGGACUUUCACAUUUUACCUAAAAAAAAGACGACUGCAGAGAAACCUCUCGGACAGUUGACGGAUAAAACAGGUUCCUUACUUACUGAAAGUGUACACAUAGAACUACAGGGUAAAAAAGGCUCAGCUGAUCAGAAGAUGUCCAUCCAGGAGGUGAGAGAAAGUGUCGGCAUUCAAAGACAAGACAAGGACAUGAAGAGCCAAGAAACAAGUCCAAAGAAAUGUCCCCCUCCUGUUAUGAAGAAGCCCACAGUGGUAUUGCACAAGGAGGAAGUAGGGUUGACAGAGAAGAGUGUAGAGAGACAGCAAAAGGAAGUGUGUGGUAGUAUCUUAAUAGAACUUCAUUUAGCUGAUGAGAACCACAUAACCUCUUCACAGAACUGUAAUGAUGUUUUGGGAAAAGGUGAAAUACAGAUGGACGGACAUGAAGUUACAUCCAUGCAGACACUUUCGGUGGAGAUCCCAAAAGUUCCAAAGGUAUCGCCACCACCUACCCCUCCGCCUGCCUACCACCCAACACCUCCUCCUUCAAGAAAGUCACCUCCCUCAUCAGUAUCAACAAUACCAUCUGAAAUUCAGAGGGUACAAGAGGACAUCCAUGGCACAGAAUCCUGCUGGCCACCUCCUCCACCUCCUUUGGAAGGGGACUCUGUUUUUGAUGGAGGGGAUGAAAUUGACUUUCCCCCUCCUCCUCCAUUUAUAUCAGAGAGUCUUCUAGACAUAGUGGACAGUUAUAUCGCAGGUUUCGAUGUCACAAACAAGCCCACUGUGGCUGUAGAUGUUCAAGAGAUAAUUCAGGAUUCCAGUGAAGCCAAUGAAGUUGUUAAUGAACAAAAUACAGACUCUUGUAGUUCACAAACAGCAGUAAAUGACAUCAAACCUGAUGGUGUCAUGAAAGUUUCACAACCUAACUGUGCUGAUGACGUUUCUCAAACAGAACUGCAAAAUGCUUUGUCUUUUUUAGAUGCUGUCCCAAAUCCACCAGCAGAGACUACUUCUUCACCAUCUCCACCUGCUGUAAGGGCAGAGGAGCCGUCUUCACCUUCUGCCUUAGAUACCCCCAGUUGUUUCUUGAAACCAUACAGUAUAAAAACUGAAGAGUCCUCUCAGCAACCUGGUAUUGAACAGUUUCCAUCUCCCAUUUGUGACCCAGUACCACCUACUCAACUAUUACAGAACGCAACCCCUGGGGUUAACUUCAGAAGGCACCCAAGUGUAGCAACUCGUGACUCCAGCAGCAAGGAACUCCAUUUUCGUCACAAAAGUAUACCAGUUUCUAAAGAGGAUGCCAACAUACCUCUUGUAACCCCCUCACUGCUUCAAAUGGUUCGCCUCAGAACAGUCAACAUGACUGAAGAUCAAGUGAACACCCCCUCCACGGAGGAGUCCACAAAUAAGGAAGCUCCAAUUCAAGAGACUUGCCCAGUAUCAAGCCCAGCAUCUCAAAACAUUCCCCAAAAGCCCAUUCGCAAGUCUCUGUCUCUAAAAUCUUCACCCCAAGCAGGGAAAACAUCUUCUGUGAUGUUAAACAUGCCUUCCAUGCGAUUACAGGAAGCCAUACGCAUGAAAACAGCAGCUAUGUCUUCAAGAGACUGUGUUCCACCACGACUGGGACUGAGAUCAUCCAGCUGCAUGAGUGAACCAGGAACUCCAUUCUUGAAAUCAUCUGAAGGAUAUGACUUACCAAAGUCCCCAGCCUCAACUGCCAGCUUUAUUUUCUCCAAGAGCAUAAAAAAAGUUGUGAUAGAGACUGUCGCUGACCCGUCACCUGACGCUCAAGCAAGUCUGAAGCAAAGCUUGGUGGCUGAGCUCAUGCAGGUGGCUGGUCAAUCAAAGACUAAAGUUUACGCCAAUGGUGGGGUGAACUCUGACAAGGUUCCUCCACCAGUAGCCAAGAAACCAACCCACGUCAGUGGUAUAAGUAAUGUGGCUACUUGUUCAUCAAAAACAGACAACAGUACUGAAGGAAAUGGAGAUCAGCAUGUAACACAACUCAAGGAGACAACUACCAGAGUGACAGCGGACACAAUUGAAACACUGUUUUGAAACACAAUUGCAGUGACUAUCUGAGGACCGACGCGUGCCAGACGAACAAGCAAAUGCUACAAGCAAGUAAACAGAGUAUGCAUAGCAAGAACCGGCAUUACUGAGAGAGAUUCAACUCAACGGUCUGUUGAGUAUUAAUUCAUCUCUAGAAGCCUUAGCCUAAAAUGGCCUUCCUUCGUAUUUAUGCAAAAAAAAAAAAAAAAGAAAAAAAGAAAAGGUAUUACCAUUUUCCUAUGAUAGCUUUAUUAUGGAGUAUAUUUUCUAAGAUUAAACUUUCUUGGUAUUUAUGCCCUUCAGGAUGUGUACAAUGGCAACUGUAAUAAUGUGGUUUGAGUCAGAGUGCCACCCAAAGGUUACACUGAGGAAUGGCGACUGAUACUCCAAAAAGACUGAUUUGUAAUACUAAACAAGAAAAUAAGGGAUGUUGUAUCUGGGAGGAAAGCAGGGAAAUUUUGAGAAAAUAGGCACUUUUCUAAAGCAUUGAAGAAACUUAGCGUAAAUAACUGCAGAGUGGUUUCCUGAGCUCCCCGUCCCCUUUUAGAAAAACAACAUUACAUAUAUUUAUGUGAUUUUCGACCAUGAGCACGGUCACUCUGUUUUCUGACCAAAUAUUGAGUAUUUAAGAGACUAUUGCAUCUAAAAACCACUUUAAGGGCUGUGAGUAUGAAAGUAGCCCUGGAUGACAGAUACACUGGAUGAACCUAGUGUGACAUUGUUUGUUUGUUUGUUUAAAUAAAUGUGAAUUUACCUUUGUCUCCUUAUCUUUAAAAUUUUGGCCCAAGCCACUUUUGCUAAAAAAAUAAAAAAUAAUAAUAAAAAAAUGCAGCUUGUCUUUGCACAAAUCCUUCCCACCAAAAACAGCAAUUGGUCAGUGAGUUAUACUGACUCCUCCUCCUAGAAUGGUAUGAAAAUUGUACAUUUUAAGGAUUUAAAGAAUUAUGUACAGUUAAUACUCAUAUCAAUAAAAUAUAAAUGUAUGUAAAAAGUC